GGAUGUCGAGGCUCAUAAAUUAAAGGAAUCCGGAAUAGAAGAGAUAGACAAAUGGUUCAAGAUUGAUCAUUUAUAUGUUGCUUUUGUAACUUUAGAUUUGAUUUUGUAUUGUUGCAUAUUAUCUCCGAGUGAAGUCAUUACUUUGCCCCUCUUUUGACUUUUUGUUCCUACUAGAUUUAUAAAUAUUUAGUUGAAGAAGCAAAACUUCUUCAAUAAAUAAUGAGGUGAUACGUCAUGAAUGACUCUACCUUCUUCAAUGAAUAAUGAGUUGAUAUGUCAGGAAUGACUCUACCUUCUUUGAUUCCAAAUGGACUCUUCUACCCUAACUGAUAUUGUUGGGAUGCCCUUAGAUGAGGUGUUAAGAUGUAACCUCAUGCCUCUACAACUAUAAUUUAAUCAAAAUGUGAAAAGGAUAAUGUUCCAUGUGCUCUGAAUGAAUGAUGGGUGGAUCACACGUCACAAUUCUCAGUCAAAGUAGUGCUUGCAAAACUAAAUUUGUUGGCUAGUCAAUAAGAUUUAUAAAAAAAUAAUUAAAAGUUUUAAAGAAGAUUAAAAAAUGGUAUGAAGGACAAAACAUCAAUGGCAUAAUGAGCCAAUACAGAUGGCCGGCUAGACCUAGUCAGAGGCCAUUGUCAAUGAGGGAAAAAAGUCCAUGAGACCCUCCCUCACCAUUGUCUUUAUGGAGAGUCCAUCAGAAGUAAAUGGCUCACUUAGGCAGUGAGAGAUGAGCAACAACAACACAGCCACUAUGCAACAAUCUUUUCCGAUGAACGGAGGGGAUGGACCUCACAGCUACCUCAACAACUCCCAUUUACAGAGACAAGCUACAAAUGCGUCGAGGAUUACGAUUGAAGAGGCAAUUGCUAAGAAGCUUGAUGUAAAGUGCUUCUCUUCAAACCCGUUUCGUCUUGCAGAUUUGGGAUGUUCAGUUGGGCCAAAUACCUUCAUAGCAAUGCAACAUAUAGUGGAAGCUGUAGAAAGGAAGUACCUGGCGCAAGGUCUCAAAUCUGAAAUGCCCGAAUUUCAAGUCUUCUUUAAUGAUCAUGUGGCCAAUGAUUUCAAUACCCUAUUUGCAUCCCUCCCAACUGAAAGGCGGUACUUUGCCUGUGGCGUCCCGGGUUCUUUCCAUGGCCGGUUAUUCCCGGAGUCAUCUAUCCAUUUCAUGUUUUCCUCUCAUGCACUCCACUGGCUCUCAAAGGUGCCUGAAGAGUUGUUGGACAAAAACUCCCCUGCAUGGAACAGGGGAAGGAUUCACUACACAAGUGGCCCAGAAGAAGUAAGCCAUGCUUAUGCAGCUCAAUUUGAGCAUGACAUGGAGAUCUUUUUGAGUGCGAGAGCUAAGGAACUUGUGUUUGGAGGGAUGAUAGUGCUCCUCAUUCCAGCUCUCCCAACUGGGAUCCCUACUUCUCAUAUCCCAAUUGGUAUUAUGUUCGAUCUUCUGGGAUCAAGCCUCAUGGACAUGGCCAAGGAGGGAUUAAUCAGUGAAGCUGAAGUGGACUCCUUCAACUUGCCUAUUUAUGCAACCUCCCUGGAGCAAAUGACAAGCCUGGUUGAAAGAAAUGGGUAUUUAAUCAUUGAGAGAAUGGAGCUAAUGGACCCUACAUCAAAGCAUGUGGCGGUCAGUGGGAAGGACUAUACAAUGAACUUUAGAGCUGGCAUGGAGGGGAUUUUUGGCGAACAUUUUGGAAGUGGGAUUAUUGACGAAGUGUUUGAUAGGCUUUACAAGAAAACUGUGGAGUUCUCCCACCAGCUGGAAUCCAGCCACAAAGAAGGAACUCAAUUGUUUGUUGUUCUAAGGCGGAAAUGAUGUUGUUUAAAGAUGACCAAAAACUACUUUGCCCGCUAGUUUUCUUGGUCCAUUCUUUGAGACUAGUUUCGGGACAUCAAUGUAUACUGUGGUGAAGGUAAGUAGAUCAUAAAUAAUGACCAGAUUUGGGCAUCA